CAGACACACAAGGGCAGUAUCCGCAGUGCACCCAGGUUAUCCACUGGGCGUCACUGUUGGCUCAUCAAUUUAUUAGGUCCAGAAAAUGAGCACAGUGUUCACAUUAGGUUAGUAAACAACAGCUGUGCGUUGCUGUGGGCUUUAUUCCACACAGAGGGCUUUAGAGGGGAGCAAUUUAAUUUAAUCUCCUUAUAAACGCCACGACCGGCGACUGGCUUUUAUUGGGACGCUGUGCUGUGUAAAUAGAUAGCAAAACAUGCACUUUACUUGACAAUGAAGGCAGGCAACGCAGGCUUAUGUAGCAAAUGCUUGAAUACCUUAACUUGGUUUCUGAGCUCCCCGAAUACACUCUUCUUCUACUAGCCUACUCGUUUGGUGCCAAAUCAAAUAGUUUUAAAGUUUUCUUGCCGAAUCGAGCAUCGCAUAAUAAGCGCAUAGGUCGCCAAUUGAAAUGCGCUGCCCUGGGGAAACUGACCAAUGCCUAGUGGCCCUUCGCGGAGUCUAGACAGUGGAAACUCGGCUGGGCAUGUGGCUCCGCCUGCGGGUCCGAGGGGGAAAUGAUGAGGGGUUUUUUGACCGCUGAGGUUUCUCCGAUGGCUUUGGCCGUCCUGCAAACCCCGCAUCCUUUCGCAGAUCCUUGAACUUGCACAUGGGGUUCAAUACAGCACUUUGAGAGUAUCUACAACAAUAGAGACGCGUCGCCAUGAGUAAGCUGGGAAAGGUCGGGCCCCACAACUUCAAGGAGAAGAACUUCAGGAAGAAGCAUCACUGUGGCGUCUGCAAGCAAACCAUAGACAGCCAUGGAUACCUCUGUAAAGACUGUAAAAUGGCUGUGCACAAGAAGUGUGAACCAAAGGCCCCAUCCUCCUGUGUGCCUCCAUCUGAACAGCAGUCCCCAAAGCGCUCCGUCAAGCCGUCGGGGCAGAUAUCCAAAAGCUGUCUCUUCAGGAGUGUGAGUGAGGACUGUGUGAUGGAACGAGUGAUGGAGCGCCACUAUGACUUUGACUUGACCUACAUCACCGAGAGGAUCAUCUCCGUCUUCUUCCUGCCCGACCUGGAUGAGGAGCGCUACCGUGGCAACCUGAAGGAAGUGGCGGCCAUGCUCAGGUCCAAACACCAAGACAAGUUUAUGCUCCUCAAUUUGUCAGAAAAGCGGCAUGACGUCAACAAACUUAAUCCGAAGGUGCAGGACUUUGGCUGGCCAGAUCUCCACGCCCCGCCACUGGACAGGAUCUGUGCCAUGUGCAAGGCCAUGGAGGGAUGGCUGACCUCUGACCCUCAGCACGUGGUGGUCCUGCACUGCAAGGGCAACAAAGGAAAGACAGGGGUGAUCGUGGCAGCCUAUAUGCACUACAGUAAGAUCUCAGCAGGGGCGGAUCAGGCGCUGUCUACUGUAGCCAUGAGGAAGUUCUGUGAAGAUAAGAUCUCUCCCUUUCUGCAGCCUUCUCAAAACAGGUAUAUUUAUUACUUCGGUGGCCUGCUGUCUGGCAGCAUUAAGAUGAACAGCAGCCCUCUCUUCCUGCACCAGGUCCUCAUCCCCUCCCUGCCAGACUUCCAGACUGGAGGAGGUUAUUCCCCGUUCCUCAAGAUCUACCAGUCCCUCCAGUUGGUCUAUACCUCCGGGAUUCAUGAUGUACAGGGCUCGGGGAACAAGCGUGUGUGUGUGACUGUAGAGCCGGCGCUGCUUCUAAAAGGAGACAUUAUGGUGAAGUGCUAUCAUCGGCAUAAGCAUGGCUAUGGCCGAGACUGUGUCUUCAGAGUCCAGUUCCACACCUGCACAGUGCAUGGGGCACAGCUCUGGUUUGGCAAGGAGGAAUUAGACCAGGCCUGCACUGACAACCGUUUCCCCUCUGAUGGCACGGUGGAGUUUGUCUUCUCGUACGGUCCUGAGCGUGUGCGAGGUCGCGAUAGCUUGAAGAAUGACCCUGGUGUGAAGGUGGACUUCAACACAUCUGACCCUGUGGUGCGAUGGGACUCCUACGAGAACUUCAAUCUGCACCACCAGGACAGCACAGAAGACAUAGCCCACACCCGUGGCCCUCUGGACGGCAGCCUGUACGCCCAGGUGAAGAAGCGGCGUGCCCCAGGCUCCAGUGCGCUGCCCUCAGCCAACGGCUGCCCGUCCAGCCCCCAUGGGUCCCCAGCUCAGGCCCCCACCCAGCCUCAAGCCCAGGCACAGUCUCAGGCCCAGCCCCAGUCCCCAUCACUCUUCCCAACAGCAGCAGGACAGCCCACCACCCCUGCAAGCCCCCUGGCGGCCGAUCCAGCCCCUCCCUCCCCACAGCCGCACACCCCCACCCGCACCCAGCAAGAGCGCCUGGACCUGGAGCGCUUACUGGGAGAGGUGGAGGGAGGCCAGGGGAUAGGCAGAGACAGAGACAGAGACAGGGAGAGGGACAGGGAGACGGCCAUCUUGGAUGACGGCGAGAGCUCCCCCUUGAGGGCAGCUGAGCACCCGCAGCCUUGCUGCCCCUCCUCGCGCCCCUGCUCCUCCUCCACCUCCACCCUCCACCAGCCACCCCCCUGCAGCAGCCCCCACCUCAGCUGCCCCAGCAACAACAACGGACACUGUUUGGACAGGCGUAGUGGAGACCUGGCGAUGGUGGGCGUGGCAGCGAAGGCCGCCCAGCCCCCCAAGCACCACACGCUGCCUGCUCUCACCAGCCGAGCCUCCUCCCCUCCGCCUCCCCUGAUGGAGCCCUGCCUGUCGCACCCGGACCUCCUGUGGGACAGGGGGCGCUGUUUGCACCGCUCGUGCAGCCAGGUGCCCUCCAGGCCGCUCUACUCGUUCCCCGGCCAGGGCUUAGGGCUGCCCGCGCACCACCCGCACCCACACGCACACUCGCACUCACACCCGCACUCUCACACCCACGCGCACGCGCACACGCUCCCCGCAUCUCCCAGGAGCUACUACCCAGGGGAGGUGUGCUCUCUCUACCACUACCCCGCACCACCACCACCACACCAUGCACACUCCCACCCACACCCGCACAGUGCUGGCCCCUCCCCUCGCGCCCUGCACCAGUCCCUGCCCCCGAGCCCUUACCACGAGCUGCGCUUCAGCUCCACGGCUCACCCCUCCCUCUCCCUCUCCUCCCCCUCCUCCUCCUCCAUCUCCUCUUCCUCGCCCACCUCCUGCCCGUGUGCCGACUGUGCCCGCCUGCGCAGGGACGACGCGCCCACUCUCCUGCGCCUCGGCCCGGGCCCCGGGCAGUCGUCAGAGGGCCACCUGUGGGGGGGAGGGGGUGGCAGGGAGGUGGCGUUCGGGUACCGGCGAGACAGCCAGGGUCAUCCCCACUUGCACCCCCACCCCCACCCCCACCCCGUGUGGGACAGGGAGGCAGAGUCAGCAGCCGCGGCCUGGGAGAGGGAGCAGGAGAUCGAGUACUGGCGCCGCCACUCCGCCGCCAUGUACCGACACUGCCACGCCACGCCUCCCCUGCCCCACCACGACAUGCCGCCACCGGCAGCGUGCCUCCAGGACGUCCCGCUGCCACCCACCCCGCCCGGCGGCAUUACCAGCCCCUUCCCCAGCCCGCACAGCUCCGGGUACCACAGCCCCCAGACCGCCUGCCCCUGUUCCCCGGCGCUGCGCUCCCUGCCCCACGACAGCAGGGAGAGCCACGGCUACUCCUCCUCCGGGGGCCAGUCCAGGAACGCAUCCCCACUCCCGGCCACCCCCUCCCCACAGAGGGCCAGCCUGCCGGAGGGGCCCCUGAGCCUAGCACAGAGGCCCAGUGGUGCAGGGACUAACAGCCAUGCCAACCAGCAGGGCAAAACAACAGAUGCGGUUGAUCACAAGGCUUCAAAAGUUGCCUCGCCGCCAUGCAACAGACAGUCCGACCCCUCGCCUUACUCAGAGACGACCCCUGAGGGACACCCGGGGCCCCCGAAGCACACACAGCACAGUCCUGCUGGAACUAAUGCAGAAGAGCAUGGAUGCGCUCCCGAGGUGCCGUCCAAGCAGCUGUCAUCCUCUCACAGGCCGCAACAGGCAGCCCAACAGGACCAAAUCCAGCCCUGCCUCCAGCCUCAGCCAACUGCUGAAUCCCGCGGCGGUAGUGGUGGUGGUGGUGGUGGUGGGGACACUAUAUCUCCAGCUCCAGCUCCGGCUGUGGCCCCCGCUGUUCCCCUGCUGCCUGAGAGAGGCGUCCAAGGCAGCUGCAGCAGCAGGCCCUGCGUCGUCCCUGGGACUCCCAGCGAGAGUUUGAGUUCGCCGGCACAACACAGCUCCCAGUCACUGCAGCCAGCUGCCACUGCUGCGGAGGAUGGUCGCAUGGCCAAGGAAUCCGCUCAGGAAGUGUCAACAGGUCCCUCUGGCGAGCUGCGCUCCUCCAGCCCAGCUCCCUGUCCCUCUCGUGCCUCUCUCCUGGUGGCCAAGUCGGACAGCCCCAUCCACCGGGGCCAUGAUGGGGGAUGGCCAGACUCCAUCAAGGUGCUGCGCUCAAGCCCAAGUCCCAUCCCCAGUACCACCACCUCCACCAGCACCAACACCCCAGACCGCACCCCGGUGUCCACUCCCCAGCCCUCCAUCAGCUCAGCAUCAUCAUGCCUGGUGAUUCCUUCUGUUACCACCACCUCUGCGGAGGAAGAUGGGCGGAGGCUGACAACGCAGCUGGGCGUCAAUGAGGUGGGUGGCAGUGCUGGCAGCAGCUGUGGUGACCUCCGUGCCCCCUCCCCAGUCCCCGACGGCCAGGCCACCCCCUCCUUCCCACUGGCCUCCUACUACUACCCCUUACUGGCCGUGCCCCAUGUGCCCUACACGGGCUACACGGCCGUCACCAUCCCCGCCACGCCUCCACAGCCCCCUCUGCCAGAGAAGCGUAGACCCCCAGCCGCGGCGGCGGUGUCAUCCAGCCUCCAGGGUUCCCCCCACAGGACAUCCGCAUCCUCCCUGUCCUCCGCCACCUCGGCUGGGCUUCGAGCCUCCACGGGGGCCCUGUCCACCAGCUCAUCGUCAGCCUCGGUCCCUGGCUCUGGCCCCAGCUCCACCUCCAGCUCCAUGACCCAGCUGCAUGUCCCCUUAUCGGGCUCCGUCGGAGAGUCUACGACGCCCCCGUUCAGCCGGCCUGCUGCAGUGGUGGCAGCAGCAGCAACAACGGUGCCAGCGGUACCAGCGGCAGUGCCGGCAGCUAGCCAGAGCACGGGAGCUGAGGACUGUUCUGGGAGUCGGGUCAGCGCCAAGUUUGUGCAGGACAGCUCAAAGUUCUGGUACAAGCCCGGGAUCUCCAGGGAUCAAGCCAUCGCGGUACUGAGGGACAAAGAGCCGGGCUCCUUCUUGAUCAGGGACAGCAACUCCUUCCAAGGUGCCUACGGCCUGGCCCUGAAGGUGGCCACGGCCCCGCCCAACGCCAGUAACCACGGCAACCCCCGCGCCGACCCUCUGGAGCAGCUCGUGCGGCACUUCCUGAUCGAGACAGGCCCCCGCGGGGUGAAGAUCAAGGGGUGCCAGAACGAGUCCUACUUUGGAAGCCUAUCAGCUUUGGUCUACCAGCACUCCAUCACUCCCAUCUCACUGCCAUAUGCCCUGCGCAUCCCAACAAAAGAUCUUGUAGGCGAACUACAGGAGCUCCAGACUGGAACCAGCACCAGCACAGCAGCAGACUUACUCAAGCAGGGGGCAGCGUGUAACGUCCUCUAUCUGAAUUCCGUGGAGACCGAGUCGUUGACGGGACCCCAGGCCAUCUCCAAGGCAACAAAGGUCACGCUAAGCCAGGAGCCGCGUCCCUCGGCGACCGUGGUGCACUUCAAAGUCUCCUCCCAAGGCAUCACGCUCACCGAUAGCCAGCGCAGGGUGUUUUUCAGGAGGCACUACCCCAUCAACAGCGUGACUUACAGCAGCGUGGACCCACAGGAUCAAAGGUGGACUAACGCAGAUAGCAAUGCCUCUACCAAGAUGUUUGGCUUUGUGGCUAAGCGCACGAGCAGCUCGUCUGAGAACGUCUGCCACCUGUUUGCAGAGAUGGACCCAGAGCAACCUGCCACCGCCAUUGUCAACUUCAUCAACAAAGUCAUGCUGGGACCACAGUUCAGACGAUAAAGAGAAACAACGCAGAAGAGAACAGGGGAAAAAUGGAGAGAGAUCAACAAGAUAUUUGGAGUGAAAGACACAGAGACAGAGGAGAGAAGAGAGAAUGUGUGUGAGUGAGAUACAGGAAAAUAGAGAGACAGAGAGAAAGAAUGCACUAGGAAAAAUUGCUGUGAUGCCUUUGCUGUUCUGUGCCAGGGAGUGAGCAUGGAAAAUAAAGUGUGUGAUGAGGAUGAUAUCAAUGUAAUAUCUUAUACAGGUGAGAUAAUUGUAUGCUGAAGAAUUUGAAUGAAGGACAUGAAAUGGAAGCAGACAUAGACAAUUGUGAUGAAGAUGUUUCUGUACAUUCAGUCAAAUUCGUAUUUUCCCAUCUGUAUGUUUUAUUAUCUUAAAGGUACACUGUGUGAGAUUUUUAGUUGUUUAUUUCCAGAAUUCAUGCUACCCAUUCACUAAUGUUACCUUUUUCAUGAAUUCUUACCACCACCAUCAAAUUGUAAGUAUUCAUUAACUUAUGACUGGAAAAUGGCACUUUUCAUACACUUUUUCUCCAUGGUCCGCCCUUUUGAAUUUCCAGAAAUAGCCAUUUAUAGCUGCAAAAAUGACCUGUACUUGGGCCAUACCAGAAAAUAUUAGUUUAUUACUUAGUAAGCUUUCAUGAAAAGAUCAAAUUUGGCAAUAGGCAGCACAAAUGAGCAGCAUAGUUGCAGUACCGUUUUUUGACCAUUUCCUGCACAGUGUACCUUUAAAUAAUGUUUUUUUAGUGAAGGAGAGUAAAGAGACAAACAUAGGCAAAUUGCAAAGAAAGCCUGCCAGGGAAACGACACGGUUUGAGAGAAAAAAAAAGCUCUUUGUGUGUGUGUCAUGUACCGCCAUCUAAUAACAGCUUAAACUAAGCAAACUGCGAGAAAACAACACAAGUUUUCCCUUGUUUAGCUUGGUUCAGCUCAGUCAUAACAAUUACUGUAAAAACUGUUUGUGUCCGAAACGUACAGUGUGUACAUGCUCUUGGAUAAAUAACAACAACUACUGACGAAUGAGUGAGUCAGACCAGGUCAUAAUUGACCAGUGCCAAGCAACACAGCGCUUCAAUGAGCAGACUGCGACUUGAUUCGUUGUUGAGGUCAAUACCAACGAGUUUACACGAAUCCUAUUUAUGGCUACUUUGGAAAACGUCCUACUGGCAGUCUUGUUUUUCUCCGUAUUAAGAUACAGUGCUAGAGCGUAUUAUCUUUUCUGGAAUCUCACAAAGUGUCCUUUUUGGUCUGAGGGUACAGAGAAGUGAAAGUGAUACAGCAUUUGUCCAAAGGAAUGUGACUGUAUCAGUCAAUGAAUGUGGAAGUACCUCAGCAGCAUUUGGCCUGAGACUGAGGGGAGAGUCCAGCUGUUUUUUAUUAUUAUCAUCAUUAUUAUCAUUGUUACUCUGAGUGCUUUAGACACAGAUUUGGGAUUUCAGCUUGAUAUGACGAUGCAUUUUGAAGGAAAGUCAACCAUUGUAAUUCAGAAAAUGUAGCCUAUGGACUAAUCCAAUAAAACUGCCUCACAGGUGGCAAAUCAACCAUAAGUCAUUGUUACCCUCUGUGACUUACUGUUUCAGAUAAACAUUAUGAUAUAGGCCUAUGAUACAGAGUUUGUGGAGGCGUCUUGACACAUUUUUGUCAGUUUGCAGUUUGACACACUUGAUACACUGCAUCAGGCCCGCCAACAGGGGGGACAAAGGGGUAUGCUGUCCCAGGCCCAGGGAGAUAUGGGGCCCAGAUUUGGGUCUCCAUUACAUUGUAUGCAUAGGGUAGGGGGCCCUUUCAGAUGACUUUGUCCUGGGCCCAGUGAAAGCUGUCAGCGGCCCUGCACUGCACCACAAUGUUUUUGUAACUGGCCUUACGAUAGAUCUAAACAAGGGACACAUAUUCUCCUGGCUGCCAUGAAACAUGAAAACCAGUCUCACUUGCUAGACCAAGAUUACUACUAGGCCUAUACGAUUUCAUAAUUCAACCCUCUAGGUAUGUUUUUAUACCACCAAGGCGCUUUCACUUCCCCUGCCUUUUGUAUUUAAAUCCCACAUGUGGCUGAGCAUUUUGUAUAUGAAGACAAUGCAUUGUUUUGCCUGAUGAUCUUUAUACCAUAUAUAAAAUAAUAUAUUUUCAUCAUGCAAGUAUUUUUGAAGUUAUAGUGCAAAUAAAAUGCAUUUGUUAUUUUUUUUGAAUGAACUGCAAAAAAAUAAAGUUAUGUUUUCAUCA